CUCUGCAUAAAAGCGUCUUUUCCUGCUGUCCAUAUCUCCCUCCAUAUCCAGCCGUUCCGAAUAUUCUUCUUCUUCUUCUUCUUCUUCUUCUCUUCUUCUUCUAUUUCACGAAUCCAUCAUGGCCGACACGACUCAGACUGCGAUGAACGGCACCUAUCCCGCGCAGCAAGCGUUCCCUGAACCUUUCAAUCCCGCACACGGUGGCUCCGUCGCCAACUUCCAGCCUGCACAGUCGUCUACCCCGACAAACGCUACGCCUGAACAGAAAGGUGACAUCUCGAAGGAUGAGGUCGGCUGGUUCUUCGUGGAGCAGUUCUACACUACCAUGAGCCGCAGCCCUGAGAAGCUGCACCUGUUCUAUUCCCGACGGUCCCAGCUGGUCUUCGGUACUGAAGCCGAGCCCGUUCUCGUUUCUGUGGGACAAAAGGCCAUCAAUGAGAGGAUCAAGCAGCUCGAAUUCCAAGACUGCAAGGUCCGCGUCCUGAACGUCGACUCACAGGCCUCCUUCGACAACAUCCUUGUCUCGGUGAUCGGUGAGAUCUCCAACAAGUCCGAGCCCUCCCGCAAAUUCGUGCAGACCUUUGUGUUGGCCGAGCAGCCUAACGGUUAUUACGUCCUGAACGAUAUCUUCAGAUACCUCGUCGACGAGGAGGAGGACCUCGCUCCCGAAGAGACUGCCGCUCCAGAGGCUGAGGCUCCUGCCAGCGAGGCCCCCGAGGCUGCCGUGGAGACGGUGGAGAAGGCCGUUCCUGAGGCCGCAGCUACUCAGGCCGACACCGAAGUCGCUGCCGUCCAGGUGGACAAGAAGCUGGAGGAGGCCGAGACCAACGGCGAAGUUGUGGAGGAACAGCAGCCCCAGGAGGCCGUUUCUGAGACCGCCGAUGCUGCUCCGGCUUCUGAGGAGACCGAGGCUACCCCCGCCCCCGUGGAGGAAGCCGAGGAGCUGAAGGAGGAGACGACCGCCACCCCGGAGCCUACCCCUGCGGAGCCGGCCCAGAAGGAAGCCCCCGCUCCCGAGAAGGAGGCUGCUCCUCCUGCCAGAGCCGUUCCCAAGACCUGGGCAACCAUUGCCUCCAAGAUCGGUGGUGCCGCCCCUGCCGUGCCUGCUAUCCCCGUCUCUGUUCCUAAGGCUACUCCGGUUGCCAGCUCUUCUCAGCCCGUUACUGUCACCCCCGCUGCUGCCGUGGCUGCCGUGGCCGCUGCCACCACCUCCACAACCACUGCUGCUGCUGCUCCUGCCCCUGCUCCUGCUGCUGCUCCUGCCGCCGCCGCCGCCGAGACUGGCUCUAGCCAGGAUGCCACUAACGACAAUUCCGGCUGGCAGACCGCCGGUGCGGACAACAAGAAGACGCAGGCCCGUGCGGGAGAGGAGCAGAACGUUCUCGCCUACAUCAAGAACGUCACUGAGAAGGUGGAUGCCACCCUGCUCCGCCAGGUUCUGUCUCGCUUCGGCAAGCUCAAGUACUUUGAUGUGAGCCGCCAGAAGGUAAGGGAAAAAAAUACCCCUUUUUUGGUUUUAUUUCAGACAGUUUCGAAAGAUGACUGACUUGCUAGAACUGCGCCUUUGUCGAGUUCGCCGAUCCCGCCGGCUACAACGCGGCUGUUGCCGCUAACCCCCACCAGAUCGGCACCGAGCAGAUCUACGUCGAGGAGCGCCGCCCUCGCGCCAACGUCUUUGGCAACGCCAGCUAUGGCCCUGGUCGCGGCGGUGCCAGCCGUGGC